UCUGAGACUGGACCCAGCCCACAUGUAGCACCUGCAGCACAAGGCUCCUGCUUACAGGCCAAGACCUCCCCUCCUCCCAGGCCUCCCGCUGCCCCCUGGAGGACUUGGCCUCCCUCAGCUCUUCUUCCUGGACAAGUGAGAGUGGCUAGGCCAAAUCCCCACCCCUGCGCCCCAGCUCCAGCUCCCUCUCCUCAGGGCCUCCCUGCUCCCACCCCAGCUCAAGAAGAGGGCCCAUGGCCUGGGACGCCACAUGCCCGCUGCCGCCUGUCCUGCUGGUGCUCCUGGCCUCAGGCUCGUGGGGACAGAAGCUAGAGUUGCUGCAUCACCUGGAAGGGGAGUCCUUCUCUGUGAAGUGCCCGUACCAGCCCCAGAGAGGCUCAGGAGCCGUGAAAUUCUGGUGCAGGUGGGACUUACCACGUACCUGUACCCGGUUAGCCACCUCGCCCCAGCUCCAGGGGAAGCCUCGAAACUCCAUUGAGGAUAACGUCAGAUGGGGCUACUUCAUCGUCACCAUGACCGAGCUCAGGGUUGAAGACUCUGGAUCUUAUUCAUGUGGAACCUACAAAUCCUCCAGGAUAUUUUUUCACAGAAACAUCCAUCUGGUGGUAUCUCGGGGGCUUGAAUGGCAUCUUCCCAGACCAGCUGCCAAGCCUGCUCAUCCAUCUGGUGAGCUGGGCACCCAGAGGACCCUGGUCAGCUGCUUGGUCAAUCACCAACCACCCAAGCCAUGGCUCACUGUCCACUCUAUGUACGGCAGGGGCUGCACCCUGGAAGGGAAAUCAAACACCUUGAGACUCUAUCCUGUGCUGGUGGAGCCCACAGCAUCCCCUGCUGAACCCUGCACCCAAGGCCGACACAGAAGUGAAGGGUUAAGUUGGAGCACCAGUGGGACCACAGCCUGGACCUCUGCCACCAGCCCUGUCACUGACAGCCCUCAGGGCAACUGGCAGCUCAUCGUUCCCAGCUCUACGUUGGGUGUCCUGCUGGUGCUGGUGCUCAUCCUCCUCGUGAUCCUGUCCUUCAGGAAAGCCCGCAGAAGCGCCGCAAAAGGUGAGGACAAAUCCCACCACAUCUAUAACAACAUCUCAGUCCAGAAGGAACAGAGCACUGGGCAUAGGAAGGACCUCUCACCAGGGCAGAGGCGAUCUCAACUUUCCUGGGGCUCCGAUCAACAGAAGGGCUCUGAUGAGGACACUGGGGCCAUCUGCUAUGCCUCACUUAUCCACCUGAAUCAAUUCGGCCCUGAGGACUCCAUCUACGUCAACACUCAGCCCAAACUGAAACCCAUGCCUGAUCCCCUUCUGACUGUAGAAUAUGCCUGCAUCCCUGGAACCAGACCCCAGCCCACCAAGUCAACUGCCCCGGAUAGGGAGCUCAAGAGCUAAGGAUAGACUUCACUGAGCAGUGAGCACUUAGCAAAUACUUGUGAGGCAUAGGGCUGCUCUGCCAGUGAUGGGCGGGGGGAGGACUUCAGCAUGGCAAAGAUGGUCCCAAACCAGCAAAAGAUCAUUGCUUCCUACAAGGGCAAUGAGGAGGAAGGAGGAAAGGAAAGUCGUUAUCAUUCAGAGGGGAGAAGCUUUGAGUGUGAAGGCUGUGAUGGGUAGGCUCUGGGACCUAUAGAAGGGGUCUCUAGACAACUGCUUGUUCCCCUCCCCAGGGUCUGGGAGGAGGGAUACUGGAGUAGAGUCCAGUUAAAUAGGAUCUGGACACCAGUGCUCCAAGUCACCCAAUCUUCACACUCUGUGACCCUCACUUCCUUCCUGACCAGGGUUUAUGAAAUCCUGACAUGCUGUGCAAGUUCCUCUUUGGUGAUCUCCUCAUGACAGCCCCUGCCCAACUCUCUCUGAGGGUCACUAAGUUCUAUCUCUCCAUCCCAGCUCCUCCUCUCCUUCCUGACCUUCUGAUUUUGAUUCUCACAAAUGAUCCUGACAGGACGGGCAGUGUCUGCUGCUCAGCGGUCUUCCUUAACCCUUGGCCUUGCCAGUCAAGGUGGGGCAUGGGAAUUUCCUUCCCCGUGGUGGCCCCUGCAGCUCCACCAGAACUGAUCUGGGUUCCUCUGCCUUCCACAGAAGCUAUCAUGUAUUCUACUAGCUGCACCUCAAGGACAGCAGGCUGAGGGUUACCUCCUGUUUUGCCCUAGUGCCCUUGCACAGGGCUAUUAUGGGGACAGAGCCCCCUUCUUUAUUAGGCACUCCCAAGGAGUGACUCUGAACUGUGGGAACUCCAGGUCAUGGGGGCAGAGGGUGGGGUCCUACCACGUCAUGGAAAAGAUUGCUUGACUGCUGAUACAUCACUUCUCAAGGAUAACAUUUAAAGAUCAUCGAAUCUAACUGCCAGUGAGUCCAACUGCAAAAUCCCAGUGAGUCAUGCAGUAUCUGCCUCAAUCUCUCCAAGGACAGGGAAUUUACCACCUCUUGCUCAAGCAGCUUGUUUGUGAAUGUUUUUUUGUCUUUCAGCUUGCCCUCAAUUACAGUGAAAGGUCAGCUUGCCUACAGGAUGGGACCUGAGGGUCAGGCUGCUUCAUGGCCAGAAAGGUAGAGGGGUUGGAGAGGUGAAGAGUGGGGGGCGGUCUGAGGUUUGGCAGGCUGGGUGCAAGGGAAAGGUCUUCCUCAGGGAGGAAGGCAAGCUAAGCACUUGUCACUUGGGACAUUCCAGGCUCCCUGUGCCGAGGAUGUUGUUCUAUCCUCAGUCUGUGGUUGCAUGAGGACACUCAGGAACAACCCCAAGUUGAAGGAGGUGGAGAGCAGGAUGCUCUGAGCAUCACUUUAGCCCUCCAGGUCUCUGCUCUGCCCUUCCAACUCCUUACAUCUGACUCCUAGAGACUGGGCAACUACUGCACCCUGACCUCCCACCCUACCUAGCCUUUCUCUGAGAAGGUCAUUGGCACUGACCUGUGGACUUAUUUGACCUCUGGUCCUCCAUGGUUCUAGGCUCCUAACAGUGCCUCUUGGUCUGUAUUUUAGUCUACACUCCCACUGAGGGAGCCCGUAUUCACCAUGGUCUUCUCAACUCAGGUUUCCUGGCUACAGCACUAUGAGCCAUCCCAGGGGUCAGGUUCCUCAUGAGCUGUCCAAACCCAAAGGAUUUACUCAGACUAGAGCACCCGGAGUUAUAGUCAUUACACAGUCCUUGUAGGGAUCUGCUGACUGCUAGCCACUGCUCAGGGUUGGGGACACAAUGAUUAAGGCUAGUAAGCCAACAACUAUGGAGUGUUUCUUAUAGGCCACAUUCCUCUACAUACAUUAAUGGCUCAAACAUCCUGGAAGGAAGGUACUCUCCUAUCAUUUUAAAGAUGGGGGAAAUUGAGGUGCAGACAGGUUAACUUUUUCCCAAAGUCUUGACUCUUGAAAGGGGUUCAGUAGUUGUUCCCCAAAUUAUUUCCUCCUGAGAACAUAGCUAGAUGAUUACAGUCCAGCCUUUCUUGCAGUUAGAGGUAGUCAAGUGACUGGGCUCUGGAAGUUACUGUUUGCCCCCUCCAGGCCUGGCCCAUAAAACCUUUUAUGCAAUCAUCAGUGUUUUCUCCUUCCUCUCAUUUGUCACCCAGAUGGCAUGGUGAAAUAAAAGUUCUUAAUGUAAAUUCUAAUCCUAA